AUGUGGAUUAAACCAGCCGAAGUUAUUCUGGCUAAUGCUUUGUGGUAAGUUUCUAAAGUGUAAAAAUAAAGCCAAAGAUUUUAAAUUUUGGACAACUGAAAGGCGAGUCACAAAUUGAGCUAAUUGUUGACACUGUAUUUUGUUCUUGUGUUUUUAAAAGGACAACAGAACGAGCGAAUCCUUAUUUUAGUCUUCAAAGAAGAAAGGGACAUCAAGAUAGCGGCUUUACUUCGCUCUUGGUAGGAACUUUUGACCAUGUUUUGGAUUCAAAG